AUGUUGCUAUCUUCAACUACUCAGCAACUUCAAUCUAUUAUUAACAAAUGCCAUAGCAGAAUAGUGUAUCAAGUCAAUGAGUCUGUUUUUGAGGUUAAGAACAAUAAUAGUAAUUUUCAUAUUGUGAAUCUUACCUUAUUAACUUGCACCUGUAAACAAUUUCAAGAGUAUAGGCUUCCCUGUGUACACACAUGUGUAGCUAUUCUUAAGGCAUGCAAACAGCCUUCACAAUUUGUUCAUUCUACAUAUCACAUCACAACUCUUCAAAAUGUUUAUAAAGAGUCUGUUCAACUUGUUGAUAUAAAAACGUGUUUUUUUGAUAACAAAACAUUGUUACCAGUCAUGAUCAAACAAGCAGGAUGA